AUGGUUCAGGACAAUAUUUGUCAUCUCUCAAAAGACUUUGACAAUACCUCCUCUGGAGCCCAGGCUGAAAUCCAACAGGAAACAGGAAGCAAACACACUGAGGUUGUUCAGCAGAAACAAAACACUUCCGCUACAGUUUCAUCUAAGGUGAACAUCAUUCAGCCAGUGCUGAUAAAUCCAGUAGUAACACCUUCCAAUCUGGCUCACAAUGGCCGCGUGUGCAGCACAUGGGGCAACUUUCACUUCAAGACUUUUGAUGGAUACAUAUUCUCCUUCCCUGGGCUCUGUAAUUAUGUUUUUGCAUCCCAUUGCAACACUCCCUAUGAGGAUUUCAACAUCCAAAUUAGGCGUAUUAUGGUGGAAAAUGCUCCAACAAUCAACCGUAUCACCAUGAAACUUGAAGGUGUAGCUGUUGAAUUAUUAAAGGCUGUCGUCAUGAUCAACAGCAACAGAGUUCAGCUGCCAUACAGCGAAUCUGGAAUUAUGAUAGAGAAAAGCAGCAUUUAUGUGAAAGUUGCCAGCAAAAUGGGUAUUGUGUUAAUGUGGAAUGAAGAUGACAGUAUCUUGCUGGAAUUGAAUGAGAAAUAUGCCAAUCAGACCUGUGGACUUUGUGGGGACUUCAAUGGCUUACCAAUUUACAAUGAGUUCUAUUCAAACAAUCUUAAAAUGACAGCCUUGCAGUUUGGGAAUAUGCAGAAAAUGGAUGGGCCAACAGAACACUGUGAAGACUCCACUUCUACCCUGCCAGAUAAUUGCACAGAUAAUUUUGAUGACAUAUGCCAGAAAACAUUGACCAGCUCUGCAUUUGCAGAGUGUAAUGACUUACUUGAUGUUGGAGAGUACAUUAUGCUUUGCCAAGAUGAUUUGUGCCACUCUGAAGAGUCUAAAAAUGCCUCAUGUAUCUGUGACACCUUUGCUGAAUACUCCCGGCAGUGUGCUCAUGCUGGUGGGCAUCCUCUGAACUGGAGAACCUCAAAACUGUGCCCCAAGAAGUGUCCUUACAACAUGCAGUACCAGGAAUGUGGCUCCCCCUGUGCUGACACAUGCACCAAUCCUGACCGAUCUCAGUUUUGUGAAGAACACUGUACAGAUGGUUGUUUCUGCCCCCCAGGGUCUGUAUUUGAUGACAUCAACAAUUCUGGCUGCAUUCCCCAUCAGCAGUGCUCCUGUGUUUACAAUGGCAACACCUAUGCUACAGGAACUUCUUUUUCACAGCAGUGCCAUUCCUGUACCUGUAAUGGAGGCCAGUGGAAUUGCCAAGACUUGUCAUGCCCAGGAACAUGUUCAGUAGAGGGAGGUUCACACAUUUCCACAUACGACAAAAAACAUUAUGAUCACCAUGGAGACUGCACUUAUGUCCUUUCUAAGCACUGUAAAGAUGAAACAUUCACCAUCCUGGUAGAACUACGCAAAUGUGGCCUAACAGACACUGAGACAUGCUUAAAGACAGUGACCCUCAACAUGAAUAAAGGACAAACUCUCAUCGAAGUCAAACCUGAUGGUCAUGUGUUUGUGAACUCAAUCUACACCCAGCUGCCCAUCUCAGCAGCUAAUGUCACUGUGUUCAGACCUUCAUCAUUCUUCAUCAUCAUGCAGACGAACUUUGGUGUCCACCUUGAAAUCCAAAUCACACCUAUCAUGCAAGUGUUUGUGCGACUGGAUCCUAUUUUCAAAGACCAGACCUGUGGUCUCUGUGGAAAUUUCAAUAAUAUCCAAACUGAUGACUUCAAGGCAAUAAAUGGAAUAAUUGAAGGAACGGCAACAGCAUUUGCUCAUACAUGGAAAACUCAGGCUGCGUGCCCUAAUAUCCAGCACAGUUUUGAGAACCCUUGUGCACUCAGCAUUGAUAAUGAAAAAUAUGCUCAGCAUUGGUGUGGACUACUAACUGACAGCAAAGGACCUUUUGCUGAUUGUCACUAUGCAGUGAAUCCCUCUGUUUACCACACGAACUGCAUGUAUGACACAUGUAAUUGUGAAAUGAGUGAGGACUGUCUGUGUGCAGCCUUGUCUUCCUAUGUGAGAGCUUGUGCUGCAAAAGGAAUCCAGCUGCAUGGAUGGAGGACUGAUGUCUGCUCAAAAUACACCAUGUCAUGUCCCAAAUCCCUAAGCUACAGCUAUACCAUCUCUUCCUGUCAACCCACUUGUCGGUCUCUAAGUGAGCCUGAUGUCACAUGCAACAUUAAGUUUGUCCCAGUUGAUGGCUGCACCUGUGUAAAUGGAACCUACAUGGAUGAGAGUGGCAAAUGUGUGCCUGCUAAUGAAUGCCCCUGCUACUACAGAGGAUCUCCCAUAUCGGUUGGAGAAGUUGUCCAUGAAAAUGGGCUUGUAUGCACUUGCAUGCAGGGAAGACUGAAUUGCAUUGGAGCACCCAAUCCAAUUCCAGUCUGUGAACCUCCCAUGAUCUACUUCGACUGUAGAAACAUCACUGCAGGAAAAUCUGGAGCAGAAUGUCAAAAAAGUUGCCACACUCUGGAUAUGCAGUGUUAUAACACACAAUGUAUAUCUGGCUGCGUUUGCCCAGAUGGGCUUGUGUUAGACGGGAAUAGUGGUUGUAUUCCUGAAGAGGAAUGUUCAUGUAUUCACAAUGAAGCCAUGUAUCAGCCUGGGGAAAAGAUCAACGUUGACUGUAACACCUGUGUAUGCAAGAAUAGGAAGUGGGAAUGCACCAAAGAUCAAUGCCUGGGCACUUGUGCUGUUUAUGGAGAUGGUCAUUAUAAUACUUUUGAUGACAAAAGGUUCAGCUUCAAUGGAAACUGUGAAUACACACUAGUGCAGGACCACUGUGGGAAGAGUGGCACAGCCAAUGGGACCUUCAGGGUUAUCACUGAAAAUAUUCCCUGUGGCAACACUGGAACAACUUGCUCAAAAUCUAUCAAAGUUUUCUUAGAGAGCUAUGAACUGAUACUUGGUGAGGAGCAUGUCAGCGUCAUAAAGAGAGGACAAAAUGAUAAGGUGCCAUACACAGUCCGUUAUAUGGGUAUGUACUUUGUAAUUGAGACAACAAGCGGACUGAUCCUCAUGUGGGACAAGAAAACCAGCAUCUUCAUCAAACUCAGCCCUGCUUUUAAGGGCCAGAUCUGUGGCCUCUGUGGAAAUUAUGAUGGCAACAGCAUCAAUGACUUUACUACAAGGAGUCAGUCUGUAGUAGAGAAUGUCCUAGAGUUUGGAAACAGCUGGAAAGUAUCCUCUACAUGUCCUGAUGCUUAUAGCAUAAAAGACCCAUGUUCUACCAACCCCUAUCGAAAGUCCUGGUCGGAGAAGCAGUGUAGCAUCAUCAACAGCAACAUCUUUGCUGCCUGUCACUCUCAGGUUGAACCAGCAAAAUAUUACCAAGCAUGUGUGACAGAUGCUUGUGCCUGUGACACCGGAGGAGACUGUGAUUGCUUUUGUACAGCAGUAGCUGCCUAUGCUCAAGCAUGUAGUGAAGUUGGUGUCUGCAUAGCCUGGAGAACCCCAUCAAUCUGUCCACUGUUCUGUGAUUACUACAAUCAACAAGGGGAAUGUGAAUGGCACUAUAAACCUUGUGGAGCCUCCUGUAUGAAGACCUGUAGGAACCCAAGUGGAAAAUGCCUCCAUAACUUGCCAGGUUUAGAAGGCUGCUACCCUAACUGCCCACCUGACAAGCCAUAUUUUCAUGAGGAUCAGAUGAAGUGUGUCAGUCUCUGUGACUGUUAUGAUAAUGAGGAUGGAAAGAUAUAUAGACGGGAUGAAUGUAAUUUAUGUGAAUGCACAGCAGAAGGUUUACAGUGCAAGUUUGAUGACAAAGCAUGCUACUGCAUUUAUGAUGGGAACAGCUACAAAUAUGGUCAACUCAUCUACAACACCACAGAUGGAUUUGGAUGGUGUUUCAGUGCAACAUGUGAUGUCAAUGGAACAAUAAUCAGAAAUAUCUUUAAAUGUGGCAUCUCUACAACACCGACCUCUUCUACACUUUCUACAAUUCAGCCCCAAACCACUGCUUCAGACAUGACAACCACAACACCAAUGACAACUGUAUGUGUGAAGAAUGUAUGUGCAUGGUCAGAAUGGUAUGAUUGCACACAGCCUGAAAAAAAGGAUGAGAGCGGAGAUUAUGAAACAUUUGAAAAUCUCAGAGAUAAAGGAUACAGUGUGUGUACAAACCCAAACAGUGUUCAAUUCCGAGCCAAAGAACACCCAGAUACAGAAAUAAACAAUUUUAACCAAAAGGUAGACUGUAGUCAAAGCAGAGGAUUAAUAUGCAAUAACAAAGAACAACCAUAUAAACAAUGCCAUAAUUAUGAAAUAAGAAUAUUAUGCUGCAGCUACAUACCAUGUUCAGAAAUACAAAUGACAACACGAAGACCUACAGUAGAAUUCACAACUACUGCUGUGAAAUCAACACCAUUUACAUUACACACGAAGACAAAAUCAACACCACAAACACAAGAAACACAAGCGCAAAAAAGCCCAAAACCUACAAUGACAACAAAAAAAGAAAGCGUGACUCCUCUGACAGAAACUUCAGUUACAGCAAAGACACGACAAGUCCCAACACUAGGUUAUGAGACCACAUCAACUACAGUAGAAACCUCCACCAUUGCAACACAGCCUCCAACAUCACCCACUACUGCCUCCACUCUCACCCAGACACCAGUGAAAACAACCACCGCUGCCACCACGCUUGUCCACAGUUCCACUGCACCACCAGCACAAAGAACAACCAUCAUCAAUACAACCAGCGGCACCAGCACCACCAAGACCUCUACACCUCUGACAGAAAGAACAACCACCAUCACACCAACGCCAACACGGCUCACUACAGCCAGUAGCACUGUCAGCACCUCCAGGACUACUAUGGCAAGCACCACGACAUCUAAAGCCACGUCUGCUCCAGAAGAAACCUCCACCAUCGCAACACAGCCUCCAACAUCACCCACUACUGCCUCCACUCUCACCCAGACACCAAAAACAACCACCACUGCCACCACGCUUGUCCACAGUUCCACUGCCCCAACAGCACAAGGAACAACCAUCAGCACACCCAUUGUCAGGGCCAGCACCACCCAGAUCUCUCCAUCUCCGACAGGAGGCACAACCACCAUCACACCUACACCAACAGUGCCCACCUCAGCAGCCACCACCACCACUGCCAUCACCUCCAUGACCACAAUGAGCUGCCAGCAGCACUGUUACUGGACGCAGUGGUUUGAUGUGCAUUCCCCUAGCCCUGGUAGCCAAAACGGAGACAUGGAAACGUUUGCAAAUAUCCGAGCUGCUGGGCAUGCACUGUGUGACAAGCCAGAGGACAUCAAAUGCCGGGCUAAAGAUUACCCUGAAAGGAGCCUGGACCAGCUGGGACAGAUAUUUGAGUGCAGCCUUGACAUUGGGCUUGUGUGCAGAAAUAAGGACCAGAUCAAAAAGUACCCCAUGUGCUUCAACUAUGAGGUCCAGGUGAAGUGCUGUGACGAUUACCACUGCCUGCUAUCAUCAGAAACCACACUCAGCACUGAAGGCUCGUCCAGCACAGCCUCUCCUGCAGAAACCUCCACCAUCGCAACACAGCCUCCAGCAUCACCCACUACUGCCUCCACUCUCACCCAGACACCAAAAACAACCACCGCUGCCACCACGCUUGUCCACAGUUCCACUGCACCACCAGCACAAAGAACAACCAUCAUCAAUACAACCAGCGGCACCAGCACCACCAAGAUCUCUCCAUCUCCGACAGGAGGCACAACCACCAUCACACCAACACCAGCAGGGCGCACCCCAACCAGUAGCACUGUCAGCACCUCCAGGACUACAAUGGCAAGCACCACGACAUCCAAAGCCACGUCUGCUCCAGAAGAAACCUCCACCAUCGCAACACAGCCUCCAACAUCACCCACUACUGCCUCCACUCUCACCCAGACACCAAAAACAACCACCACUGCCACCACGCUUGUCCACAGUUCCACUGCCCCAACAGCACAAGGAACAACCAUCAGCACACCCAUUGUCAGGGCCAGCACCACCCAGAUCUCUCCAUCUCCGACAGGAGGCACAACCACCAUCACACCUACACCAACAGUGCCCACCUCAGCAGCCACCACCACCACUGCCAUCACCUCCAUGACCACAAUGAGCUGCCAGCAGCACUGUUACUGGACGCAGUGGUUUGAUGUGCAUUCCCCUAGCCCUGGUAGCCAAAACGGAGACAUGGAAACGUUUGCAAAUAUCCGAGCUGCUGGGCAUGCACUGUGUGACAAGCCAGAGGACAUCAAAUGCCGGGCUAAAGAUUACCCUGAAAGGAGCCUGGACCAGCUGGGACAGAUAUUUGAGUGCAGCCUUGACAUUGGGCUUGUGUGCAGAAAUAAGGACCAGAUCAAAAAGUACCCCAUGUGCUUCAACUAUGAGGUCCAGGUGAAGUGCUGUGACGAUUACCACUGCCUGCUAUCAUCAGAAACCACACUCAGCACUGAAGGCUCGUCCAGCACAGCCUCUCCUGCAGAAACCUCCACCAUCGCAACACAGCCUCCAGCAUCACCCACUACUGCCUCCACUCUCACCCAGACACCAAAAACAACUACCGCUGCCACCACGCUUGUCCACAGUUCCACUGCACCACCAGCACAAAGAACAACCAUCAUCAAUACAACCAGCGGCACCAGCACCACCAAGACCUCUACACCUCUGACAGAAAGAACAACCACCAUCACACCAACGCCAGCAGGGCGCACCCCAACCAGUAGCACUGUCAGCACCUCCAGGACUACUAUGGCAAGCACCACAACAUCCAAAGCCACGUCUGCUCCAGAAGAAACCUCCACCGUUGCAACACAGCCUCCAACAUCACCCACUACUGCCUCCACUCUCACCCAGACACCAAAAACAACCACCGCUGCCACCACGCUUGUCCACAGUUCCACUGCACCACCAGCACAAAGAACAACCAUCAGCACACCCAUUGUCAGGGCCAGCACCACCCAGAUCUCUCCAUCUCCGACAGGAGGCACAACCACCAUCACACCAACACCAGCAGGGCGCACCCCAACCAGUAGCACUGUCAGCACCUCCAGGACUACAAUGGCAAGCACCACGACAUCCAAAGCCACGUCUGCUCCAGAAGAAACCUCCACCAUCGCAACACAGCCUCCAACAUCACCCACUACUGCCUCCACUCUCACCCAGACACCAAAAACAACCACCACUGCCACCACGCUUGUCCACAGUUCCACUGCCCCAACAGCACAAGGAACAACCAUCAGCACACCCAUUGUCAGGGCCAGCACCACCCAGAUCUCUCCAUCUCCGACAGGAGGCACAACCACCAUCACACCUACACCAACAGUGCCCACCUCAGCAGCCACCACCACCACUGCCAUCACCUCCAUGACCACAAUGAGCUGCCAGCAGCACUGUUACUGGACGCAGUGGUUUGAUGUGCAUUCCCCUAGCCCUGGUAGCCAAAACGGAGACAUGGAAACGUUUGCAAAUAUCCGAGCUGCUGGGCAUGCACUGUGUGACAAGCCAGAGGACAUCAAAUGCCGGGCUAAAGAUUACCCUGAAAGGAGCCUGGACCAGCUGGGACAGAUAUUUGAGUGCAGCCUUGACAUUGGGCUUGUGUGCAGAAAUAAGGACCAGAUCAAAAAGUACCCCAUGUGCUUCAACUAUGAGGUCCAGGUGAAGUGCUGUGACGAUUACCACUGCCUGCUAUCAUCAGAAACCACACUCAGCACUGAAGGCUCGUCCAGCACAGCCUCUCCUGCAGAAACCUCCACCAUCGCAACACAGCCUCCAGCAUCACCCACUACUGCCUCCACUCUCACCCAGACACCAAAAACAACCACCGCUGCCACCACGCUUGUCCACAGUUCCACUGCACCACCAGCACAAAGAACAACCAUCAUCAAUACAACCAGCGGCACCAGCACCACCAAGAUCUCUCCAUCUCCGACAGGAGGCACAACCACCAUCACACCAACACCAGCAGGGCGCACCCCAACCAGUAGCACUGUCAGCACCUCCAGGACUACAAUGGCAAGCACCACGACAUCCAAAGCCACGUCUGCUCCAGAAGAAACCUCCACCAUCGCAACACAGCCUCCAAUAUCACCCACUACUGCCUCCACUCUCACCCAGACACCAAAAACAACCACCACUGCCACCACGCUUGUCCACAGUUCCACUGCCCCAACAGCACAAGGAACAACCAUCAGCACACCCAUUGUCAGGGCCAGCACCACCCAGAUCUCUCCAUCUCCGACAGGAGGCACAACCACCAUCACACCUACACCAACAGUGCCCACCUCAGCAGCCACCACCACCACUGCCAUCACCUCCAUGACCACAAUGAGCUGCCAGCAGCACUGUUACUGGACGCAGUGGUUUGAUGUGCAUUCCCCUAGCCCUGGUAGCCAAAACGGAGACAUGGAAACGUUUGCAAAUAUCCGAGCUGCUGGGCAUGCACUGUGUGACAAGCCAGAGGACAUCAAAUGCCGGGCUAAAGAUUACCCUGAAAGGAGCCUGGACCAGCUGGGACAGAUAUUUGAGUGCAGCCUUGACAUUGGGCUUGUGUGCAGAAAUAAGGACCAGAUCAAAAAGUACCCCAUGUGCUUCAACUAUGAGGUCCAGGUGAAGUGCUCCUCUCCUGCAGAAACCUCCACCAUCGCAACACAGCCUCCAGCAUCACCCACUACUGCCUCCACCCUCACCCAGACACCAAAAACAACCACCGCUGCCACCACGCUUGUCCACAGUUCCACUGCACCACCAGCACAAAGAACAACCAUCAUCAAUACAACCAGCGGCACCAGCACCACCAAGAUCUCUCCAUCUCCGACAGGAGGCACAACCACCAUCACACCAACACCAGCAGGGCGCACCCCAACCAGUAGCACUGUCAGCACCUCCAGGACUACUAUGGCAAGCACCACAACAUCCAAAGCCACAUCUGCUCCAGAAGAAACCUCCACCGUUGCAACACAGCCUCCAACAUCACCCACUACUGCCUCCACUCUCACCCAGACACCAAAAACAACCACCGCUGCCACCACGCUUGUCCACAGUUCCACUGCACCACCAGCACAAAGAACAACCAUCAUCAAUACAACCAGCGGCACCAGCACCACCAAGAUCUCUCCAUCUCCGACAGGAGGCACAACCACCAUCACACCAACACCAGCAGGGCGCACCCCAACCAGUAGCACUGUCAGCACCUCCAGGACUACAAUGGCAAGCACCACGACAUCCAAAGCCACGUCUGCUCCAGAAGAAACCUCCACCAUCGCAACACAGCCUCCAACAUCACCCACUACUGCCUCCACUCUCACCCAGACACCAAAAACAACCACCACUGCCACCACGCUUGUCCACAGUUCCACUGCCCCAACAGCACAAGGAACAACCAUCAGCACACCCAUUGUCAGGGCCAGCACCACCCAGAUCUCUCCAUCUCCGACAGGAGGCACAACCACCAUCACACCUACACCAACAGUGCCCACCUCAGCAGCCACCACCACCACUGCCAUCACCUCCAUGACCACAAUGAGCUGCCAGCAGCACUGUUACUGGACGCAGUGGUUUGAUGUGCAUUCCCCUAGCCCUGGUAGCCAAAACGGAGACAUGGAAACGUUUGCAAAUAUCCGAGCUGCUGGGCAUGCACUGUGUGACAAGCCAGAGGACAUCAAAUGCCGGGCUAAAGAUUACCCUGAAAGGAGCCUGGACCAGCUGGGACAGAUAUUUGAGUGCAGCCUUGACAUUGGGCUUGUGUGCAGAAAUAAGGACCAGAUCAAAAAGUACCCCAUGUGCUUCAACUAUGAGGUCCAGGUGAAGUGCUGUGACGAUUACCACUGCCUGCUAUCAUCAGAAACCACACUCAGCACUGAAGGCUCGUCCAGCACAGCCUCUCCUGCAGAAACCUCCACCAUCGCAACACAGCCUCCAGCAUCACCCACUACUGCCUCCACUCUCACCCAGACACCAAAAACAACCACCGCUGCCACCACGCUUGUCCACAGUUCCACUGCACCACCAGCACAAAGAACAACCAUCAUCAAUACAACCAGCGGCACCAGCACCACCAAGAUCUCUCCAUCUCCGACAGGAGGCACAACCACCAUCACACCAACGCCAGCAGGGCGCACCCCAACCAGUAGCACUGUCAGCACCUCCAGGACUACUAUGGCAAGCACCACGACAUCCAAAGCCACGACUGCUCCAGAAGAAACCUCCACCAUCGCAACACAGCCUCCAACAUCACCCACUACUGCCUCCACUCUCCCCCAUUCAGGCAUUCCAACCAACAUAGGUGGUACUAUUCUCCCAACAUCUGUUUCUUCUACUGGACGAAGUACUGCCACCACUGUGUUUCUCACAAAUUUCACUACCACAAGCAGCCCAGUUUUCUCUACAGGGGAAGUGGUAUACAAGAGAACAGAUAAGGCUGGCUGUAUUUUUUAUGCACUUUGCAGCAAGGAAUGUGAAAUUCACCCAUUUCAGGGGCCAUGUCCUUCAACAACUCCUUUCACUUCAGUCACCUCAGAAACCACAACACAAGCUGCCUCAUCCACAGAACGUGUAUUGUCUUCUGUCUCACCAACCACAGCAACAUCCCUCACAACUUCAGUAGAAAUAAACUGUACUGAUGUCAGUCCUCCACGAAAGGUCGAAUACCUGGAACCUGUUGGAAUGUCAACAGUAAUCAAACCAUGUAAGAAUUGUACCUGCACUUCUGAGGAAGAUAAAGCAGCUGGGGGAAAUAUUGUGCAUUGUGAACCAAUUAAUUGUAGCACAUCUUGCCCACCGGGUUAUCAAUAUGUGACUGAGGAUGGAGAGUGCUGUGGGAAGUGUAUUCAGAUAGCUUGCCAAGUCAAACUAAGUAACAACACUAUUCAUGUGCUCCAGGUUAAUGAGACCAUGUCACUCGAUCAUUGCAGCCAUUACAAAUGUGAAAAAAUUGAAGAUCAGUUUGUUGCAGUCCAAACUAAAAGAAUAUGCCCCGAGUACAACCCAGGAGAGUGCGAUCCUGAGGAAGCAGACACUACUCCUGACGGCUGCUGCAAAAUAUGUAAACCUGCCAGCUGUAAACCUUACAGCAAAAAAUCUGUGAUCCACCACGGUGACUGUGAAUCUUCUGAACCUGUUGAGCUCGCAUAUUGUGAAGGAAGUUGUCCUGGCUCAUCAGUGUAUUCUCUUGAAACAAACCUGAUGCAACAUGAGUGUAGUUGCUGCCAGGAGUUCAGCAGCCAUACAAGAGAUGUGACCCUGACCUGCCAAAAUGGAACAAGCAUAAAUUAUAAGUAUAUCUAUGUGGAACAAUGCCAGUGUAUGAACGCAUGCACUUCAGAAUCCUCUGCAGCACAUGGCUUCCAAUGGAAAAAUCAGCAAAUCAGAAGAUAG